AUGUACGGCUCGACCUGUCUUUCCGCUGACCAACUUGCUGAACUCUAUCUCUAUGCUCACGACCUACUUCGUGAGCAAUUCGUGAAUGGCGAGAUACCUGACAGCAUAUGCGGCAGGCCAGAUAAGACGGGGCGUGUAUGCGAAAGCCAGGCGAAACCCCAAUUGCCUCACAAGCGCCGUCGCAUCAGUCUAUCCGAAGCCAGCAGCUCGUCGCGCCGCCUCGGUCCAUGUCAACACCCGCUUGCACCCCGCACACCCGAGUCCGACCCCAUCGACGAGCAUGCACCGUCGCGUGCUGUCAACGAACAAGAGCAAGAGCAACGCGUCUGGUCAGCCCGAGCACAGUCAAUCUUCGACUGGGCACACGACGUCGCAGCCAGCGGCGACAUGCCCGACCGUGCGAGCCAGCGACGUGCCCACAAGGCCAGCCUGCGCGCCCGUUCCGCCAGCCCAACCAAGAAGAGCCCGGAAUAUCGACAGAAUGGCAUGGCGCGCGCUCACGUCUACGUUGAUCACGUCUUCGAUCCGCCCGCCGACAUUGAUGCAUUGCGCUGUUACAUUCUCGGCGACGGAUACAUGACCGCGCUCGAGGGCAUCCCCGCGGAGAUGCGGGAUCGAGUUGGCGACGUGGCCAACGAGUACAUGCAUCACUGUCGCGAGCUGGCACGAGACGCCAAGGGCGAGGCCGAGUGGAAGAGCGCUUUGCUCGAGGGGCCCUUUCGCCGCCUCAUCAGGCUUCUGGGAAGGGACAGUCUCGCGACGAGCGCAUCGGACAAGCCGUGGCGGCCGGAGCUCAAGCCACGCCCACCAACCCUCCGCGAUCUCCUCUCGUUCUCCACGCCGCGACUGGACCCCACGUCAUCGCUCCCGGCGACAGCCCCAGCCGGCUUCAACUUCACCAGCCCACCCCCGCCGACCGACCCCAGCGAGACGACCACAACGGCUACCAAGUCAACCACCCUCUCCACUAAUGACCCAGACCCGAGCAGCCCUCUUACAACGCCCAAGCCCGACAUCUUCGUCGGCCUCGCCCGGCCUUCAUUCAAUGAGAUACACCAGCUAGUGCAACAGGGUCUCCACUUCCCCUUCCUCCUCGUCGAAGCCAAGGGCCUGACUGCGAGCGGCAACAUGAUGGGUGCCGAGAACCAAGCCGCAGUCGGCGGGGCCUGCGCCAUCAAUAUCCUUGAGGCGCUCCAGCGGAUCGAGCCCGACUUCCGGCCCUCUCGCAUCGUUUUCAGCAUCUCGACUGAGGGGCCGCUGCAUCAGCUGUUCAUCCAUUACCACAUUGACGGCAGAUAUCAUAUGGUGGUGCAUCGAGCUUGGAGAGUAACGCUGCAACGCGACUGCACUGAGUUCGUCAUUGCCCUUGCACGCAUUAUCCAGUGGGGGGCAGGCGAGUUUUGCUCACCCUGUCUACCCUCACACUCGCGCUCGUCUCCGCAGCUCGUAGCCCGCAGCCCGCAGCCCGCCGUGCCCAGCCGCUACGCUCAGUCCAACAACCUCACGCCGUUCGACUGGGAGCAAAGCCACGAUCACCUCAAGUUCGCUCUUAUUCGACCGGGCUGCAACCCGCAGCCCACGACUCUCCGACCCAACGCCGUUGCGCACACAGAACACAAGUCUUUGCAGCUUACAGCUUGCAUGUCGCAUGUCGCAUCGCGCAUCUCGCGUAUUGCAGCCCACAACCGCAAUCAUCUACUCAAUAUGUCUGCAGCAAACAUGCGAUCUACACAUUUCUUAACUGCUGCAAUCGAGACUCAAUACGCAUCAGCAUUGAGGCCGAUCCUAAGUAGCAACUUCCCAUGGUCGAUGAACGGCGCAGGCUCCCUCUAGCCAGAAGCAACGAGUCCACUGUGUUCCAUUUUAGGCUUCUGGUGAAGCGUUGUUGCGCGUGGACAAAUUGCUGCCCCCAAGCAUUCGUUCCAAAACCAUAAUUCAGCGCUGUGCCAGACUACGCUGCUAUGUUUGCGUCCUCACCACGCCGACGCUAGCGCGCCAGUCGUCCCGUUCCUUUGACCUCCACCCUCGUUAACGCUAAUAGACUAGUCAAGUAUAUAUAUUAGCUAACUUCUUUUCAUGCUGGCAUGCGCAGUAAUUGUUAUCGUCAUAAGGUUGUUCAACCAUUACUUUAGUAGGAAGAUAUAAAAAUACAGUAGGCAUAGCUAGAAGACUGUUAACGUGCUUAAGUGCGAUGUAAGAUAGAACUUCAAGACUACCCAUUGAAUUUAGGCCGC